AUGAGUUUGGUAACCCAACAGAAGAUACAGGAGUCAAGUCCUGAUGACCUCGCACAUUCCGACCAAACUCCUUCCUUAACCGCCGCAUCUUCAUCUCAUGUUAAUGACAUAGCUAUAACGUUAAUGUAUGACCAAUAUAAUUCUUUAACAGAACUAAAAAUAACAAACAUUAAACAAUUACCGCAAAUACUUCUCAAGAUAAUUGGAUUGUUAAUACCGCAAUACAGAAACAUUGUAUCAAUAAGUAUAAGCAAUUGUGGAAUAAAUAUGUAUAUUAUUUAUGAAUUGGGAAAGAUGCUACAUGUAUCUACGAUAACUGACCUAUGUCUUGAUGGUUCUGUGUUAAGAAGUCCUGAUUAUAGUAUGCUAUUCGAGAGCAAAAAUCUUAGAAGUCUUUCAUUGUGUAGAUGUGAGAUAUACGACGACGCCUGCGAAAUUAUAGCUUUAAAACUACACCACACGGCUACUGCUGACAAUUUGUUACUUUUAAAUCUAUCCUCUAACCACAUAACGGAUGAAGGAGUGAAAUAUUUCGGAGAUGCGUUGAGAACUAAUAGACAUUUGCGGUAUUUAAAUUUAGCUGACAACCACAUCAGUGACUACGGUGCCGGUUACUUGUUAGACAUAUUAACUGAAUUUCCUUUAACUUGCGACGAAUUAUUAGCCAUGAGACGAAGGCGUUUGGAGUAUUACAAACUUAAACAGAAUUUGUAUUUGAAAUAUUUAGCAGAAUGUUGUAAUAAUUCUGUCGACCAAAUCAGCGUAAUCAGUCGUAAAUCGUCGUCAAGAAGGCGAAAAACAUCCACAACUACCUUAAAAAGUAAAUCUAGUGGUAGAAAAGAAAAACAAAGACCUAGCAGUGCAAGUGCAAACGAAGACUUUGUUAAAACAAAGGCAGAUAUGAUGACUGCUGAGAUACUAGGUCCCUUCAUCGAUCCAUUUGAUUCAGAUUUUGUUAAAAAUGUUGACGGUUACAUUUAUAGUUUUGGAAAUAUGUCUCUGGCUUCGUUGAAUUUAGCUUAUAAUAAUUUAUCUUAUUUGACAAUAAAGAAAUUAUAUCGAGUAUUAGUUUAUCAAGAUGUGAUGAGAAAUUCAAACCAGAUGGGCCUUAUAAAAGUUUUACUCGACGGUAAUAAUGUGCCUGUAAAUUGUACAGAAAUGACAGCUAUUAGUGAUUUAAUGAUUAGAAAAGCGUGGCAACUAAGUAGUAAGAUUUCUGAAGUCACUCGUCGGAAAAGUCGUUCUUUGAAAGUUGACAAGGCGUGAAAAUCAAAUUAAAAAAUACACGAACAAUUGCUCAUAAUAUAUUAUUUUAUUCA